AUAUUUCCACAACAUCGAAAACAAAACAAAAACAAAAAAAACGACAACGAAAAAACAUGAAACGUUUACCAGAUUGGGAAGAUCUUCACCCUUUGAGCGACGACCUUAAAAAAAUAGAAAACAAUUCCAAAUACAAAGGAACCUCUGUGAAGCAAGGACUGGAUCUUCUCCAAUUUUCUUUAUGAACCACGUCUCAGGAAAAGUAAUGUGUUUUUAAGUCAACCAUUCGGCAAAGCACAAAGAUCGCCUUGAAACCUCAAAACAUUCUUCCCAGUAGAGUUAGCAAUCUUCCACUGUUUUUGGUGAGUUUUUUGUCCACUACUUCCAAUUUUUCAUUUUCAAAUCUGUCUAUUCUCAUUCUCGUACUUGAAUUUCUAUUGGGUUUUGAUUGCUUUCUUUCUUAUGUGCUGUCUCUUCCACGGGAGUUGGUCUGAUUGAUGUCGAUGUAUAUAUAUAAGAUGUUGAUAUUUUUGUAUAUAUAGAUCAAAUAUUCAUGAUCCCGUUAUCUUGUUUGUGUAAAUUCCGUCUGGGUAUGUUUACUUUCAUUCUUUUUCGUUUCCCAUUAGCUUAGUUCAUAUGCUAUAAUGAGCAAUUAUUCAUUUGGGUCUGGUAGUACUCCCAAGUCUUUCAGUGCAUACCCAAGAGGUGAUUUUGAUUUAGAAUCUGGAACCAUUAGAAGACAUCGGAAGCGUAGGAAUUCUCGACUUCAUCCCUUCAAAAUGAUUAAAUCAAUAAGAAACCGUUUGCUUUAUUAUUGUAAGUUGCGCCCACUUUUAGCUUUCUUCAUAUCCUUGUCCCUUGGGGUCACAAUUUUCAUUGUUGUGUCUCUAUACGAGAGCCAUUACCGGGAGAUGAACAACUAUCGAAAAUAUGAUCUGGGUUCGGAUAAGUAUCCGUUGCCAGAGCUCCGGAAUUUAGUAAUGGUUGCUGGGCACUCGGUUUAUACGAGUAGUAGUUGUGGAAAAGUUGAUAAGGAGGAUUCUUGGUUUUUGGAGACUUAUCAGAAAAAUCCAGGUCAAGCUGCUACAUUUCUGGCACAUAUACAAGAGGGAAUCGAAAUUGCAGCGAAAGAUGAUGCGGCUUUGCUUCUGUUUAGUGGUGGAGAGACUCGGAAAGAUGCCGGUCCUCGGAGUGAGGCACAGAGCUACUGGGCUGUUGCUGAAUCAAAAGGAUGGUUUGGCAAAGAAAAUGUGAGAUUAAGAGCACUCACAGAAGAGCAUGCAAGGGACAGCUUUGAGAAUCUUCUUUUCAGUGUCUGUCGGUUCCGAGAACUGACAGGCACAUAUCCUCAGAACAUAACUGUUGUAAGUUAUGAUUUUAAGGAGGAGAGAUUCGCACAUCUACAUCGGUCUGCAUUAGGCUUUCCUGAGUCAAGAUUCUUCUAUUCUGGAACCCCAGCCACUUCUACUUCAAAAGAAGGAGCUCUUAAAGGCGAGGCAUUGGUCAGGACUCAGUUUCAAGAAGAUCCAUUUGGAUGUCAAGGUUCACUUUACCGGAAAAAACUAGGACGUGACCCUUUUCACCGGACAAUCCCCUAUCCUAAUGGCUGUCCGGAGAUUGAAGGGCUUUUCAGAUACUGUGGGGAAAUUCCCUAUCCUGGCUCCCUUCCUUGGGCUUAGGGAAAACAAUCUCAAUACUUGAUGUUUAUCAAUCACAAAGGAUAAGCAACUUAAACAGCCAGAAAGUGGGAGAUCAAUCUGGCAAUUACAUAGUUUCUCUUUUUUCUGAUUCUAUUUUUUCUAGGGCAUUGCCAGAAGAUCUAAAAACAAGUUCUGGCAGGCAAUGCUGCCCUUGUUCUGUACAUAUCGAUUCUCAUGUUAUAUUUUAUAAGUGAGGUUGGUCUAGUGUUAAGUUUCUCAUAACCCACAUUUUGAGGUUGUAAGUUAGAGUCACCUUCCCCUCCCCUUAGUGAAGAAUAUAUUUGUAACCCUUAAACAAAAAAUAAAAAUAAAAAUAAAGAUAAAAUCUAUAUUUUAAGGCCAAA